CAUAACACAGUGACGCCCCUUAGAGGGUAAACAUCUUCGUCCCUUGGAUCUAGGCCUAAGAGGUUCGAUUGUUCUAAUAAAAGCUUGCCAAGGAAUGGCAGUUCAAAGUUCAUUUGAUAUUCUGCAUGUUUUGACAAUUCCUUCGUUUAAUUUCAAAAGCUUUGGACGAUAUCGAGAUACAAAAAGGCUUUACGGAUGGCAAAUUAAACUCUAUUUCUGCCACAUGUGAGCUACAUGCGUUUCAAAAUCAUAUGUAGUUUUGUCCUGAUAUCUACAUGCCGUACUUGGCAACGCGUUUUGCCUUUAAGUUUGGAUAUUGAAUCAUCACUGUUAUCAAAAUGACGAUACAAGAGAGUUCUCACGGCAAAGAAACAUCCGAAUUGGAUGUAUCUACGCUUCCAGAACAACUCAAGGUAAAGGGCGUAUACGAGCAGCAGGUUGAGACAGGCAACGACCAAGACACAGGGAUGCCGGCGGCAGAGUUCACCGUCAUCAAGGACGACGACCAGGACGACGAUGAGGGCGUCGCGUCGUCGUGGACCGGGAGGAGGAUCUAUAAGAACCUCCUCCUCAUCAGCAGCUCCUUCCUCUUCGUCUUCACGGCGUUCCAAGCGCUCUCUAACCUACAGAGCAGUAUCAACUGCGAUGAGGGUCUAGGUCUCGCUUCUCUCAGCGUCAUCUACGCGACUCUCAUUGUAUCAGCCAUGUUUGUCCCUUCCGUGAUGAUCCGCCAUCUUGGAUUAAAAUGGACGCUGGCGGUGAGUCAGGUGGCCUACGCCUUGUACACAGCAGCAAACUUUUACCCUUCCUGGGCGACUCUCAUACCCGCUUCGGUCAUCCUGGGGCUCGGUGCUGCACCCCUCUGGACCGCCAAGAGCACCUACCUCACAACCACUGCAGGGGUGUAUUCUAAGCUGUCAGGCGAGACCGUCCCGUCCAUUGUCUCCCGAUUCUGGGGCAUAUUUUUCUUCUUCUUCCAGUCAUCGCAGAUUCUCGGAAAUCUCAUUUCAUCUCUGGUCUUCAGAGAAGAAACUUCUAUUGACGGUCAAAACGACACACAAUACAAAUGUGGUUCACAGGACUGCUAUGUUGAGACUGGAGAUGAUAAUGGAACGUAUUGCGAUCCUCCCGAAAAGAGCUUAACCUACACCUUACUCAGCAUCUAUCUCGUCUCCGGCAUCAUCGCCGUCAUCAUCGUCGUCGUCUUCGUCGACAACCUUGGCGCAAGCAAAAAAAUCGAAGCCCAAGGAACACUGGACUUAUUUUUCGCCACUGCGCGAUUGAUGAAGGAUAAAAAGAUGAUCGCUAUCAUUCCCCUGACCAUCUUCAGCGGGUUGGAGCAAGCUUUCAUCGCAGGCGACUUCACAAAGUCCUACGUCACGUGCAGUCUGGGCGUUGGCUGGGUGGGGUACAUCAUGAUCUGUUACGGGCUGGCCGACGCUAUCUGCUCCGUUCUCUUCGGACGUCUAGUCAAGUACACCGGUCAGAUCCCUUUCUUCUGCCUCGGUGCCCUCAUCAACGUCUCCCUCAUCGUCGCUCUCUUCGUCUGGGAACCGUACCAUGACCAGCUCCCUGUUUUCUUCGUGAUAGCAGCCCUGUGGGGUGUCGGUGAUGCCAUCUGGCAGACUCAAUUGAAUGCCCUCUACGGCCUUCUUUUCCGUGACCAGCAGGAGCAGGCCUUCUCCAACUAUCGUCUGUGGGAGUCCGUCGGCUUCACCGUGGCCUUUGCCUACAGUAAUUUCCUCUGUGUGUGGAUCAAACUGACAAUCUUGGUGUGUGUUCUAGGAGUAGGGAUGCUUGGUUACGCCAGCGCAGAAUUUCUAGCCAGGAGAGAAGGGUGACAUCACGUCACGUGAACUGAUACACCAGUUUUUAUUCUUUUCGUCACUAUCCUAGCUCUUCCAGUAUUUAAAAUUUGACGAAAUAUACGACUCGGAACUGCUGCAAGAAUCAUGGAGUUAGUUUUCAGAUUGGAAAAUGUGUAACGGCCGUCACCGUCUUUUGUGUAAGAUAAUAUAUAUCAAAUGUGUUAUUAUGUGAGAAUCAUACCCGCUGUAUCACUUGCUCUGAUGAAGUUUACAACUGCCAAUCAAAAUGUGAGAUAAGAAAACAGGAAGGUGAGUUGCAGAAACUAUGAGCAAGUCAACUUGUUUGGGACGAAGAGAUAAAAUGACGAGCUUUAAAAACUAUGUCAAGUCGCCAUGUUUGAGACAAGAAGAUAGGGUGAAGGUUUGUUGAAACUGAACUCAUCGUCUUGAUUGGGAAAAGAAACAUAAAGACAAGUUGUUGAAACCAUGGACCCACUACAACUUGGCAAGUAAAGUAUGUUUGGGACAAGAAUAUGAGAUGACGAGUUGAUGGACCUCAGAGGGUUGAUUUCAUUGGGACAAGAGGACAAUUAGAUGAUUUGUCGAAACCUGUCAAGUAAAU